AUGAACAAUUUAAAAUUUCUUGCAGAAUCGGAAACCAUCUACCCUGAUAGAUCAUUCGAUUAUGCAACUGCUUUUUAUAAACAUAUUUUUACUUUGCACGGCUUUUUUAAUGGGCAUUAUAUACCUCUUGCUUUUUGUUUACUCCCAAAUAAACGCGAAACAACUUAUAUUGAUUGUUUCAAGAAACUUUGCAUGCUUUGUGAGGAGAAUGGCUUUCAUUUAAAUCCAUCCGCUUUAGUUGUAGAUUUUGAAGUUGCAAUUCAUAAUUCCAUAAAAACUGUUUGGCCAAGUUCAACGAUUAUUGGAUGUUAUUUCCAUUUGUCUCAAUCGUGGUUCAGGAAAAUUCAAGAGCUUGGGCUUGUAGUAGAUUAUAAAAAUAAUGAUUCUGCAAUUGGUGAAUGGUUACGCGUUUGCUUCGGUUUAAUGUUUUUAGAUCCGCAAGAAGUAAAACAUUGCUUUACUUUUGAUUUGCUAUCGUGUAUUCCUUUAGAUGACAGGGUGAUAAAAUUCGCGGAUUAUUUAACUUCUAAUUAUAUUCGUGAUGAAGCACGUUUUUCUCCUAAGAUCUGGGCCUAA